CCCAAAACAGUGACAAUGACACCUAUUUGGGUGAGGAAUGUGAUAGUAGGAUGGUCUCUGACCCUCCUGCUGAUCAUACUGUUUUUGCUCACCUGGUACUUACACCCUUCUAACAGUAAUGUUACUCCAGCACAACUAAGAACCAAGAUUGAAGUGACUGGAUCUUCUAUUCUUGUUGACAAUCACAAUCUGGGCAGGACUAAACGGCAGGCAUUCAGGACAUAUAAUCCCUGUAACACUGUUCAUGUGAACAGAAAGAUCAAGGCUCUGCACAUCUGCUAUAAUAACCCAGUAAUAGCAUCUACUGUCAUGAUUCCUUUUGCUUCUGUCAGAACGAGAGAUGAUGAAUCGGCUGCACUUUAUGCUAAAAACGAGUGGUAUAUGGCCACCACAAAAGGGUCCAGCACUUGGGGUUCUGCUUUCACUUACACCGGGACGGAGUGGGACCCAAAGGACUCCCUGACCACCCCAGAAGCUCAGCAGUGGUAUGAAACUCUGACUCUAUCUAAAACACUGACACACCUAAUUUUGACUUUUAACACCACGAAAAAUCCACUACCACCCACACCACCUUUGUUGUUUACAUAUGCUAGUCAACAGUGCUACCAUUUCAUUCUCUUUGCCUAUACCUCUGGCCAGGAUCCAGGUGUGUAUUUCUCUUUGUGCACAAACAUCACAGCUAAUGAAUCAUCACACUGUGAAGAGUGUGGAUUGACCAGAAGCCCAGCACUGGACUCAAGUAUUUAUGUAGAAAUUCACAAUCAGCAACUGCAAUCUGAUGAUUGGUUUAAAGUGACCACAGGUAUUUCUGCUUUGAGUAACAAUUGGCUCCUAUUGGUUGAAAAUGCUGCAAAAAC